AUGAUCAGAGCCGAUGACCCCAUCCUGACCGGAGGAGACAUCGCCAUCGACAGCGAGGCCGAGAAAAACGCCGACCCCUGCACCAGCCGAGGCUGCAAGUGGGGCAAAUUCACUGACGGGAAGGUCUACAUUCCUUAUUACCUCACCAACCACUUCUCCUCCCGUGAGAAGGCCAUCAUCACCCGUGGACUGGAGUCCUUCUCUUCCUUCUCCUGCAUCCGCUUCAGGCCCUCCACAAGCAGCGACCGUGACUGGCUGAGCAUCGAGUCCCAGAACGGCUGCUACUCCUUCAUCGGCCGUCGUGGAGGGAAGCAGGUCGUGUAUUUGGCCCGUAGCGGAUGCCUCUACCACGGCACCAUCCAGCACGAGCUGCUCCACGCUCUGGGCUUCAACCACGAACAGACCCGCUCCGACAGGGACAACCACAUCAGAGUCAUGCUGCAGAACGUUCAGUCUGGAAUGGAGCACAACUUCAGGAAGAUCGACCAGGGCACUCCCUACGACUACGGCUCUGUCAUGCAGUACCACAAGACCGCCUUCUCCAAGAACAACCAGCCCACCAUGGUCCCCAUCCCCAACUCCAACGUGUCCUUCGGCAACGCCAAGGAGAUGAGCUGCAACGACAUCGCCAGACUCAACACGCUCUACAGCUGCUGAGUGUCCACAUGAACACACUAAGAAGCCCGCUCAGAUGUCCUGACAGGACGCAGCAGAGGGACGACUGUCUCCUGGUGCUCUCUGAACAGCAGCAGCUGCAGACCUGAACUCAUCUGCACAACAGUCAAUGAUCCGACUAUAAAGAUACUUUGACUGGAA